CCGCGAAGGAGCGGGAUGCCCGGCUGGACAGAGAGGAGGAGCGGUUGCAUACUUUGUCGGGAUGGGAGGGUCUGUUCACGUAUAUGGGGGAGCAGCGUCGACUGAGGGAGUUGGAGACAGGGGGGGUGGCGGCGGACCUGGCGGUGACUCCGGCGACGUGGGUGUUCGUGGGAAGGCUGUUGCGGGAGAGGUCCGAGAGGGUGUUGUGCAAGAGGAUAUCGACGUGGGUGGCGGGGGAGAGGGUGUCCCCGCGGAUGUUGAGGGAGAGGGUGUUGCCGUGGGUGGUGGGGGGGAGGGUGGACCCGGUGGAGAUGUCGGCAGCGACCAUGGCGACGAGGACGAGGAGGGGUCUGACGACCACGACGGCAGUGGCGACCACGGUGGCGACGACGAUGAGGAGAUGCUGGCUUUGGUCGUGAGGGACCCUUCACUACCUCUCUUACGCCCCGAGGACUUCGCGCAGGUUGUGCUCAACGCCGACGAUUUGGCACGACUCCGUUCACAUGACCCUUACCCCCAUACGGGCCACAGGAGCGGCGAGAGGCGCCCCCCAGGAGGGGCGUAUUCACCCCCGGCCUACGUCGUGCAGAACCCUCGAUGGUCGGGUUCGGCGCUCAGCGGCAUCGGAGGGAGGGAGUCCGGGGUGGUUGAGGGCGGGUCGGGCCACCGCAGUGACGGCGGUGGAUCUGCCGGAUCGAUGCUCCCACCACCCGCACGGACCGCGGAGGCGGGCGGCGACGCGACGACGACCUGUGCGCACAUUGGUGGUUCCCCGCCGCCUGUCCCAGGUGGUGUCGCCGGCGGAUGGGCAGCUCGUCGACAGGUCAUGAACCGGAUGAGGGUGGAUUACGACACCGGGAGGGGCGCCUUCGCAGGACGUUUGUCACCACGGACUCAGGUAGCGGGCAGCAGGGAGGGUGGCUCCAGACGUCCGAGUCCUCACAUGGCAGGCCGCAUGCUCGGUUUGUCACGAUCGGCGAUGAGGAGAUCCUUGAUCCUCCCGGCCGCAGGGACAUCUACGGACAUGCAGCAGGGAUAACACUACACAUCGGGCGAGGAGGGGUUGUUGAUGCGUCAUGGGAUGAGACGACACAGCGCCAUCACGGAGGUUGAUGCUCGACUCGC